AUGCCGCUGUCCCCGCACGCUAGCUCGUUCACCGUCUGCCACGCCACGGCGGUGUGGAGAACGACAGACAAGCGCUGCAUCUGCAGCCCGUGCCAGUUCUUGGUGGUCCAUGUGACCUCAUCGAGGGCGUUGGCGAAGAGGGCGGCGGCCGAGAGGGCGGCGGCCGAGAGGGCGGCCGAGGAGGCUGCGGCGGCGAGAGAGGCGGCGGAGGCGGAGGCGGCGCGGCAUGCCACUGAGCUGCUGGCGGAGAUCGAGGCGGAGGAGGAGGCGGCGGAGAGGCGGAGCAAGGGCAAGAAGGGCAAGAAGAAGAAGAAGAAGAAGAAGGGCGGCGCGGCGGACGCGGCGGGGCCGUCGCAGGAGCCCGAGGCGACGGAAGCGGAGGCGCCCGCGGCGGCGGAGGAGGCGGAGCUGGCAGCGGCGCUCGAGGAGAGCGUGAGGGUGGAGGGCGAGGCGAGGUACACUGCGGGGGAGCAGGCGCCGGUCCCGGAGGCUGGCGAAGCACCUUCCCCAAGCGGGCCGCAGCCGCCGCCCGCAGCCGUCUCGCUCGCGGACGCCGGCUUCGACACGGGCCGGCCGGCGGUCCCCGAGUCCACCCUGGGCGGCGAGACUACGUGCAUCGUUUGCUUCUCCAACCCAAAGUCGCACGUCGCGGGGCCGUGUGGGCACUUGUGCGCUUGCGGCCCCUGCUCCGCCAAGAUGGAGUCGUGCCCCAUCUGCCGCGCGCCCGUGCUGAUGUGGAUGCAGCUGCGCGUUGCCUGA